AUGAAAUUUGAGGAUGUUCGCAUACUUUGGCAACAAAUUGAGAAUGAAAUGUCGAUUGAUAAUGCUGAGAUGGAAGUAGCUUGCAAGUUCAUACGCAGAUCUUCUAGAGUCAUUGAUAUGGCACUUACUAAUGUUGAGGAGAAGAUGAAAGGAGAAUAUUCUACAAAGAGACUCGAAAAUAGUAUAUCUAAUAAUUAUAAUGUCAAAACUAAAUUUUCUGACAUGGGUUAUAAAGAGAAAAUUUCUUUGGAGAUAAUAUCGCUGAAUACUAACUUAUCAACUGUCGCUAAUAAGAAUGAAGAUAAUCCAGCACCUGCAAUAAUGAUGACUGGAGGUGAUGUAGAAUCACUUCUUCCACUAUU